GAAAACAUAUUAAUAACCGAGAAUCUAGAACCAAAAUUUCAAAUUUUGAAUAUACUUAUGCCUUACAGGCAAACACUUCUGACAUCAGAAAAUUUUACAAAUCAUUCGCUGGUUAGCUCCUGAGAAAAUGAAUUCAAAAAAGGUGAAGAAGGAAAUGUUCCUUAUACUACACAAUGUGAGAUAUUUAGUUUUGGUAUGUUAUUUUGGGAAUUGGCUUCCAUAUAGAGAUAUGAAAAUUUCUGAAAUUCAAAAACAUGUAUUAAGUGGUAAAAGAGAACAUUUAAGUUCAUAUGGAGUUGAGGAAGAAUAUGGCAACAUUAUUAAAGCUGCUUGGCUAUCAGACCCAUCUCUUCGUCCAGAAUUAAGUUAUUUAUUCGAUGUUCUUGAAUUUCAGAAGACUCAAAUAGAGGUCUAAACCCAAAAAAUGAAAUUGAGGUAGCACCUGUUGAUUUGUGACCAGAUACACCAGAAAUAGGUUUGAAUCAAAUUAUUUCUCCAAUGAUGAAACUUGGAGAUGGAAUAACGGCCCAAUAAUAAAGGAUAUCGAGAGAAAGCAUAUGAUUGUUUUGUAAAACAUGCUGAAAUUAGUAAUAAAGUUGCAAAAUAUUGGUUAGGUUAUUAUUAUUCGGAGGGUUAUGUAGUUGAAAAAAUUUAAAGCAGUUGAGUUAUAUAAAGAAACUGCAGAUGGUGGAGUUCCUGAUGCCCAAUUAAGACAUGCGUUUGCUUUACCACGUAAAUUUAAUGUAAAUGAAUUUGUAAGGUAUUUAACCAUGGCUGCUGAUAAUGGAAAUACUGCAGCUCAAUUUAACUUGGUGAUUUAUAUUUCAAUGGAAA